AUGCACGACCGGCCUCCGUCGGACGGCUCUCCGGCCUCUCCGGCCGCUGCCGCCCGAGCUGCUGCCGAUCCAGUCCCUCUCACGCUCAGCGAUACCCGCACAACCUACGACAACUUUGAGGUCGCCGGCUUUGGCGAGGACGAUGGCUCCCUCGAGGACAUCCCUUCAUCGACGGACGCCUUCACCGCCGCCGGCCCUGGGCCAUCCAGCGCGGCCUCCGACGGCCUGCACGUGAUCGAGGUACAGAAACGGCACGGAGCCAACGGAGCCAUCGCGCAUGCCCGCAUCGCGUGCGGCUCCGAGGUGUUUGCGGUGGGUGCGAUGGCCGAUCGUGUUUGCGCGAUAAGUCAGUCAAAGCAGUCGUGGCACGUGGUGGCCGUCGCGUCCCUAGAUUGGCUGCAGAUAUUGUCGGACGCAGCGCUGGGGCCCCUCAUCAUGGAGCAGGGCGCCUACGACGUCAAGUAUCCUGGGCUGGACGACACCAUCUUUCGCGCGCUACGCUGCCUUCGGGCGUCGGCGGCAGAGGAGAUUGAGGACCAGCCGGAAUACGCAGAGUUGGUUGAGGACGAGCACGAGCACUCCGAGGAGCGGUGCGCUUGGGUGCCGAUGCCAACCCCGACCCUGGCAGACGAGGAUCCGCUCACCAGUCUCGCUGCGCGUACUGGCGCGGCGCUGGGUGUCCAGAUGGCGGUUGCGGCUGCCAUGCGGGAGGGUUGCGGCUGCUGCGCGCCAGGAACCUGGGCAUUUUCGUUCGCAGCCUCGAUGAGCAUUGACCUGUGCCACAGAGCCUGGGCGAUCUCCGUGGAGCGCGUGUACUUACAUACGCGCGGCUGGGUCGAGUCUGCUGCAGGCGAGCUCCUGGGCGUCCAAACGUUCCACAAGAGCGGAGAGGCGUGUGAGUUGCUGCGCUCGUACGCAGCCGUCCUGAUGCCCGCGGCGACCCUGCGCGAAGUUCCGGCGGAAAUUGGGCUUGAGCCGUUCGAGCCAAAUGGCGACGGUCGAUCAAGCAUCGACCUUUAUGGUCGCUCCCGCUGGAACGACCUGGCCUCUGCCUACAACCCCGCGUUUGGCAUGAUCGAAGGCGACCUCCACGCGAGCGACGACCGUGGAGGCGGAGGCGAUAUGCAGCCAGUCUUGGACCGUGCGCUGGUCAUCACAAUUCAGGGCCUGCUUCGAGAUCUGCCCCGAACUAUCGAUGAAGCCGUGGCUACAAAGAUUUGCCCCCGCCGCGGAUGCGACGUAGGCGAUUGGCGGCGGCGGCCAGAGGCGGAGGCAGAGCGGACCGCGCGGGAGGCGGCGCAAGCGGAGGAUGACGAGCACCGGGAGAGAUUCUGGGGUGGCAUCACGUCACUGCGGGGCGGAUUCGCCUGGCCUGCCGCGGCUGCAGCUCUGUCCGGUCCACAGAGUAUGCCUGGGGUAGCGUGGCGACCACGCGGAAGAGACGAGCACGGCGAUGAGGACAGGAGCGAAGUUCGGCUUGUUGAGGUGCUUGUGCGGUCUCCCAUGGGGCGGCUUGUGACGAACCGAUUUGGCGGCUCGCGACCACUCCUGCACGUCGUCCUCGUCUUCCGUUUGGUACCAACGGAAGGCGACGAUGACGACCCGUGUGACCCUCCGGAGCUACGUGUCGAGGGGUACCUUCCCGACAUAGUCCACAUGGACUUGCUCGCGAGUGAGCGCCGCUUGUCGAGGACGGACCGAGGUGCGUGGGCCAAGCGGCUAAAGGCGCUGAGGAACAUUCGAGCAUGCUUGCCGGCGGGUGGUGCGCAGCGCGACGUCAAGGCUUACGAUGGUUGUGGGCGAAGGUCACCGGCCACCAUGGCUGAGAAGCGCCCACGGGACGGAGCUGAUGGGCCGCAGCGCGCGUCUGUGCUUCGCGAGCUUGGCGAGCUCUUCGUCUCCAGCGGCGGCAGCAGUGGCGGGCUCCGCACCGCCGAACUCAGCGAGGGCGGCCACGUCCGCUCCGCGUGGCCUCUUACGCUGGUCGAUCUCGACCCGGAGAGCCAACGCACGCGCGGGCCUCCGGCCGGCAAGCUCCGCUUUGAGUGGCGGUGCGAGAUCUGCCCUCCGCGCGGCUCUCCGUAUGGCGGCCGAUGGUACCGGCUCGCGGUGCGCGUGCCGGUCGGCUAUCCGCAGGAGCCCCCGCGGCUGCAGAUGCUCUCCAUCAUGCUCCACGCCGAGGUGGAGAUGCGCGACCCGUACGAGGGCACCUUCGACGACACGUUUUACGACGCGCUCGAGGCGCGCGCGCUGCUCGCCGCCUGCCCCGCCUGCCCGGGCGGCGGCAGCUCCGCCGAGCCUCCGCCCGAGCCGACGGGCGCGGCAGGGCUCCGCUUCGGGCUCGGCGAGCGGGUCGAGUGCAAGGCGAGCGGCGGCUGGCGGGCGGGCUCCGUCGUCGCGCUCCGCUACCGCGAGCCUUCCUGGCCGCAAGGCAAGACGGUGCCGUACCAGGUACUCCUCGACGGUGGGGCGUGCGUGUACGCGCCACUCGACGAGAGCCGCGUCGUCCGGCGCGUGCGCGGGUCGCCAGCCCGCCCUCCCAGCUACUCGCUCCGGCUGCUCCUCGACCUGCUGUUCGCCUCGCUCUGCGGACCCGUCUCUGCCGACCCCGCCUCGGUGGGAGCUGCGGCGGCGAGGGUGCGCGCGGCGGCGGCGGCGGGGCCCGAGGUCCCGCCCGCGUGGCUGGAGCCGCCUCCGCCAGAGGCGGGCGAGGAGGAGGGCGAGGAGGGCGAGGCCGAGGGCGAGGCUGCGAUGGCGCUCUCUGCUGCAGACGGCGAGGGCGAGGGCGAGGGCGGGUUCGGCGGAGUGCUUUGGCGGCGGCUCGCCUCGCGGCACCUGCGGCAGGUGCGGUACGAGAACAAGUACCGCUCGCUCGCAAAGGCGCCGCGCUUGUUCGACCUCGAGGCUGGCUUCCGGCGAGAGUGGCUGGCGCCGUCCUUCGCCGCCGCCUUGGAGGCGUACGAGGCGAGCGGCGACACGGGCCCGCUGCGAGGGAUGCUCGACGAGGUUUCGCCGGGCGUGUACACCUUCGAGAUGCUCUCGCUCCCCUGCUGCGACGCGCUGCUCGACGAGGUUGACGCGUACGAGGCGAGCGGCAUGCCUGCGAUGCGGCCGAACUCGAUGAACAACUACGGCCUCCUCCCUCGAGGCGCGACGCGGGGGCCUCGUCCUCAACGGACCGAUCGGUCUCGAGCGGCUGAUGGACUCGCUGCAGGCGCCAUAGGGGGGAGAGAUGGGGAGAUUGGGAGGGAUGCCCGACUGGGAGAUGCUGUGGACUCGCUGCAGGCGCGGUACGUCGCGCCGCUUGGCGAGCUGCUCUUCGGCUCCGAAGGCGCCUCCCUCGACCACCACCACGCCUUCGUGGUGCAGUACAAGGCGGGGCAGGACCUCGGCCUCGACAUGCACACUGACGCGUGCGACGUCACGCUCAACGUCUGCCUCGGCCGCGACUUCACCGGCGCGGGGCUCACGCUGUGCGGCUUGCGCGGGGGCGAGCCGCCCUCGAGAGGGGGCGGCGACGGGCGCGAGCGCACGCUGCGGCACGUGCACGCGCACACGCGCGGCCACGCGAUCCUGCACCUCGGCAGGCAGCGGCACGGCGCGGACGACAUCGUGACGGGCGAGAGGUACAACCUCAUCCUGUGGAACAAGUCGUCGCACCACCGCCUCUCCAAGGACUUCCUCGCAAAGUACCGCUCCCGGCCGCCCGCCGCCCCGGGGGGCGAGGCGGCGAGCGGCGGGGAGGAGGCGGCGCCGCCCGACCUCGCCUGCCUCUCGUACACGCACGACGACGACUACGAGAACUACAAGCCGUACCCGCCAGGCAAGAAGCCAAAGCCGCGCGGGCCAGGAGGCGGCUGAUUCUGAUGCCCGUAAGCGGGCCGGCGGGACAGCCGCGCUGCCGACGGCAGCGGGGCGCCGCCGCCCGCGGACGCGUCGGGCGGAGCAGGCCCGCGCCGCGCCCGGCCCCUUCCCCGCCGCGAGGGGGGGGCGUCGGGCGCGCGCAUGACGGCCGCGGCCAAAACGGCUCCCACUCGGAGCGCGGGCCGCGCGGCCUGAGAUAGGCGCGGGAAGCUCGGCAGGUUGUAGAAGAGAAGUGUGUGCGCCUAGAAAAAGGGAAGGGAGGGGGAAGAGAGAGUCCUUCCUUCUCUGUGUCAUUUUGCGGUGUUGCUUGUUCUCGCGGUUUCGCACCUAGAUUUUUCCGGGAUGGC